AAUUACAGUCUGCGUCCACUUCUUCGAUUUCGUCACAUUCGCCAGUGUGCCCGUGCGUGCUUGCGAGACCCCACUACCGGACCUGGGCACGUUUGAAGGCUUUUGGUUUACGUUACGCCAUAAUAGGCAUUAAUUUAUUACAUUAACGCGCCACCGCGAAACCGGAGCCGUCGGUGUAGGGCUUGUAACAAAGGUUGCCGGUCAGCGAGUGUGAGUUGAUACGUGCGGUUCCCUCGGAGUUGACGCGGUCGACAAGCGUGUCGAAGCAGUGAUCCUGCCACGCGGAUAAGGCGAACGAACAUAAAGAAAAAUCACCACCAACAGACUUAGCAUCAAGCGACCGACGGGCGGACGCAACACGACGACGACGACGGCACAGAAAUGAGUUCAAAAGCAUUACCAAAUCUAUUUAUGCUAUCAGCGGCAGUAAUUGCGCUGAUGGCACUGCUGAUCGUCGGCCCAGAACCGGCGGCAGCCAACGAUAGCCAGAAUAUUAACCGACUGCUGAACAAUCAGGUGAUUGUCAGCCGGCAGAUCAUGUGCGUCCUGGAGAAGAGCCCCUGCGAUCAGCUCGGCCGCCAGCUAAAAGCUGCCCUGCCGGAAGUGAUACAGCGCAAUUGUCGGAACUGUUCCCCACAACAGGCUCAGAACGCACAGAAACUGACGAACUUCCUACAAACUCGUUACCCGGAGGUGUGGGCCAUGUUGAUACGCAAAUACGGUGCGGUUUAAAGGAAAUCAACCGCGGUUUGCCCGCCAGGCGUUGUCGGAACGGUUUUUGACCGAGCUGGGUUUUCUUCCAACCAACGACCGGACUGAUGCUCGCCAAAUCGUUUACUCGAAGAGAAGGUGUUCCAGGAAAGAUUAAGUAAUAAGCGUCAGCAAGCAACCGAACCGGAACUUCGGAAGACAAAUCAAUAGGCUAGGCCGUACAGCAAACGAACCAGAUGUCCGCCGAAAAGGCAUUGCCACAUAUCGAACGUAGCACCUUUAAGAAGAAUCUCCACCGCGUCUGCAAACCGGACGAAUGACGGCGAAAGUGGACGAAAAAUUCAUUUCCCUGAUGCGUCAUCCGUCAUUCUGCUCACCGCAGAUUACGGAGUAGACCGGCGAAAAUAUGGCACCACGCCGCCAUGGUUUAUGCGAAACUUGAUUGUAGCGGCCCAUACUCAUGAAUACCCAGAAAUAUUUCCAUAUCGUAGCCAUUCCCGUCACAUGGCGCAACCGAGAACCGAGUCCCUACGGAGCCGUUCCUUGGACGACUGCUCUUUCACAGUUGCUCCCGUCUGAGCUGCACAAACUCAAGUUUGUCCCGAAAGUUUUAUCGCUCCUUCUGCUUACUCUCCACACUUGAGUUGUUUUUGCUUUCCAUAACACUGCGUUUGGCGGCAAAAAUCAUUUUACUCUCUUCAUUUCGGUCGACCAUCCAACCGACACGUGGAGCAAGCCGCUUAACGAGUUUUCUGUUGGAUGGUUUGCUAAACUUGUUUGCACGACAGGAAACAGUAAAGUACGAUGCAUAAUCGGAUUAUGGACGUGUCUGUCUUCUCGUGUUGUUGCCAGUAUUAGCAGCAGACACUCACAUAUCGUCUUCAUCAGCAUCAAACUCCAUCGCGGUGGUGGAGCAAUAGAAGAGUAUAACAUUAAUAAUACUGUUAAAAUCAAUAAUAAUACUAUGUGAUAGAUCCAUAUCCUUUCGACAGAACUG